AUGGAGCAAGCAUGGCUCAUCGCGCCCAUGGUGGUCGUCGCGCUCAUCCUUCCGUUCGUCUUCAUCUGGGCGACAUGGGACCAUGACCUCUUCCGCCAAUUGCCCAUGCUGCCAGGUCCACUCGACCGCGGGUCCAAGGAGUUUAAGAUUCGCUGCGCCAUCUCGAGCCAUGUGCGCCGCGGCUGGACCUCGCGCGAGCGCAUGCUGCAGCCGUGUCCGCGUGUGACGCUGCAGACCAAGUUUUAUAUUUUGGACCAGGAAAUCUCGAGUGUGCGGGCGGCCUUGGGCGCGCCGGCCAAGGACAUCACGGCCGUGCCCCUCAUGUUUCCCCAGAUUCUGUGCGGCCACCUCUUGGUGCAACUGCUCGGCAACUCGCACUUUCCGACGCGCGUCGACACGAUGGUGUGGAAGCGCCUGCACGUGACGCAGCUGCGUCGCAUCGCAGUCGACGAAGAGCUCAACUGCCUCAUGGCGCUCAUCAGCAAGGUGUUUACGCCCGAGGGUAUUGAGUUUACGGUGCAAACCGACCUCUUUGACGACGAGUCGGUCGUGUGGCAGUCGUCGCUGUACUUCGUCGUGCCCCAUACGAUCCCGGCCAAGCAAGCGAUUCCCAUUAAGGGGCCGUCCAACCCCAUCGACAUGGAACUCCUCACAACGGCAAUGGACCAGCCGAGCCGCCGCUUCCCGCUCAACUGCUCCAAGGAGCGCCUUGCCGACUUUGACAAGGGCGGUGCGGUCGACGUGGAGCAGCUCUCGCUCUUUUCGACGCCCGAGCCGCGUGCGACGUUCUUGUGGAUGGCGGCCGCUGCGACGUCGACGAUCGAGCAGCACCAAGGCGACAACCUCACGUACCCGAUCGCCUGCCAUUGCUCGCUCGAGACGCCGCUGGCCGAGCUCCCGCGCGUGCCGACGUUGCACUGCGACGUCUUUGCCAAGAAGGAGGCCGAACGCGGCCUCAUUGGCUUUAGCGUCGGCCUCGAGUCGAAGGCGGUGCUCUCGGGCUACAUGCGCUCGGUGGGCUGGAAGUACACGGAAGAGGCCAUCGAACAGAUUGUCGACGUCUAA